CAAUAGUCCUAAUUCAAAACCUCAGGACCUCAGCCGUCAGCCCUCACGUUCCUCACCUCUCUCGCUGCCUCACACGCCAUUGCUCUCUGAGACUGAGAUCGCUGUGCAGCCUGUGCUCCUUCCUUCUAGCUCCGGUUAUCUCCCCCAUCUUCUUCCCUCAAAAACUUUACUGAACUCCACCACUCUCUCUCUGAUGGAUAUUGAUGAAGAGAACAUUGAGGCCACGGAAAUGUCAACAGUCAAUCUAAGUGAUACGCAAGGUACAACAAGUGCACCAAGUCCUUCAAAGAGAAAGGCUAAAGAGUGGGGUUAUGACAAACUCUAUGGUAAGGAGUCAAGAGAGUUGAAGGAUGUUAGUGGCACAUUGUUUGCACUCUUUGGUAGUUACAUGGAUAAGUUCUCUCAUCUUCUUGUAUCCAACCCAGUUAAUCAAACUCCUACUGAAAUAAAAGUUGGAGACAAACUUUUUGAGGAAUUUGAUAAUAUUUAUCAAGAUGGGUCAACUUUAGUUGAAAAAACUGAAUUAAAUUUAUAUCUUGAAGAAAAGAGACUCGAUAGAAAACAAGAGUUGGAUAUUCUUUCAUGGUGGAAACUGGAGCAAUUUCGUUAUCCCGUACUUUCUCGUAUGGCUUCUGAUGUGUUAACAAUUCCUAUCUCAACCGUUGCCUCAGAAUCAGCAUUUAGUAUUAGUGGUAGGGUGCUUGAUCAAUAUCGAAGUUCUUUGUUGCCUGAAACUGUUCAAGCCUUGCUAUGUACUAGAGAUUGGCUUUUUGGCAAAGAAGCUUUAGCGAAAGAAGGUGCUGACUUGGAAGAACUUACUGAAGAAAUUUUUGACAUGAGCCUUAAUGAAAACUCGGGACAAUGUUCCAGCAAAUUGCAGGGAAGGAUGAAGGCGGACGGAGAUGGUGCUUCGAGCUUCACGACCAGCUAG